GGUUUCGACAGCCUAGAAGGAACAAAACGGCAUUUCCGGAAAGAUGGCGGCGCACAAGUCAGGUUUGGCACAUGUUUCCGAGGAGAGGACCCCUCAUUGACGGAUGAUAUCACCUCUUCUUCUCUGGUGAGAGUCUGAGGAUAGAGACCUUUUUCUCACCAUGAAUGUCACCCCAGAGGUCAAGAGUCGUGGGAUGAAGUUUGCUGAGGAGCAGUUGUUAAAGCAUGGAUGGACUCAAGGCAAAGGCCUCGGCCGGAAGGAGAAUGGUAUCACCCAGGCUCUCAGGGUGACACUGAAGCAAGACACUCAUGGGGUGGGACACGACCCUGCCAAGGAGUUCACAAACCACUGGUGGAAUGAGCUCUUCAACAAGACUGCGGCCAACUUGGUAGUGGAAACUGGGCAGGAUGGAGUACAGAUAAGGAGCCUUUCUAAGGAGACCACCCGUUACAAUCAUCCCAAGCCCAACUUGCUGUAUCAGAAGUUUGUGAAGAUGGCCACGUUGACUUCAAGUGGAGAGAAGCCACACAAAGACUUGGAGAGCUGCAGUGAUGAUGACAACCAGGGGCCCAAGUCCCCAAAGAUUCUGACUGAUGAGAUGCUGCUCCAAGCCUGUGAAGGGCGAACAGCACAUAAGGCUGCCCGUCUUGGGAUCACAAUGAAGGCCAAGCUUGCUCGCCUAGAGGCCCAGGAGCAGGCCUUCCUGGCUCGUCUCAAAGGCCAGGACCCUGGGGCCCCUCAACCGCAGUCAGAGAGCAAGCCCCCCCAAAAAAAGAAAAAGAAAAGGAAGCAGAAAGAGGAGGAAGAAGCUACAGCAUCUGAAAGGAAUGAUGCACAUGAAAAGCACCCAGAACACGCUGAGCAGAACAUCAGAAAAAGCAAGAAGAAGAAAAGGCGACAUCAAGAAGGAAAGGUCUCAGAUGAAAGAGAGGGUACAACUAAAGGGAAUGAGGAGGAGGAUGCCGCAGGAACAAGUGGGCUUGGGGAAUUGAAUAGCAGAGAGCAAGCCCAUCAGUCCCUCAGGAAAGUGAAGAAAAAGAAGAGGUGGCACCAUGAAGAGGAGAAGAUGGGGGUCUUGGAGGAAGGAGGAAAAGGCGAGGAGGCUGCAGGCAGUGUCAGGACAGAGGAGGUAAAGAGCAGAGCGUGCGCUGACCCAUGCAGCCGAAGAAAAAAGAGGCAGCAACAGGAGGAGGACUUGAACCUAGAAGAUGGAGAUGAGGAAACUUUUAGGUGGUGGAACCAGGGAAGCAGAGAGCAGAACAUGCAGUGAUUGGAGAAGCAAGAAGAAAAGGCAGCAGCAUGAAGAGGAGGAGGACAUCUUGGAUGUAAAGGAUGAGGAGGAUGGCGGGGCUAGGGAAGCAGAGAGCGGAGCACACACUGGCUCAAGCAGCAGAGGUAAGAGGAAGAGGCAGCAGCAUGCCAGGAAGGAAAGAGCUGAACUCAGCAUCAGCCAGAAAGCCAAAAAGAAGAAACAGAAGAGAGACUAAAGGUCUGGUCAAGGUGGGGCUCCAUUGAUUGAUUUUCAGGAGUUGAAGCCUCGAAGACCAGGGUUGAUGCAGGUCUGCAGGUCUUCUGCACCCCCACUCAAUGAGGAGUCCCUCCCAGAAAGGAAACUGAUCUCUGGGACGUCAGCUGCUGAGAGGAGCAGGCGGUAGUACCAACCCUUAGUUGAGGGAGUCAGCAUAGUCCCCUCUGCAGCUUCUAACCCAGGAUCAUAAACUCAGGUGCCUAGAGAAGCCAGGCAGCUAAAGGAUAAGGAAUGCUGGGGGCUGUGGGAACAGGAAUGCUGAUACCCUUUGAAGGAGCAUUCCUGCUAAAAUUAAAAGAAGCUGAAAAUGUA